AUGCAUGAAACAACCCAUGCCGUGCACCCUAGUGAAGAAGUAAUUGAAAUAGUUGCUGCCCUUGAGUCAUUGCCACCACAAUAUGAGUUAGAGCACAAGGCACAUUGGGCUGUCAAGACAUUCAAUUUGGACCUAGAUGCGGCUGGAAUCCAUAGGAAGCUCCAAUUGAAUGAACUUGAAGAAAUCAGGAAUGAGGCAUAUGAGAAUGCUUGCAUUUACAAGGAGAAGACAAAGGCAUUCCAUGACAAGAUGAUUCGUAGCAAGACAUUCUCAAUAGGGCAGAAAGUGUUGCUUUUCAACUCCCACCUACGUUUAUUUCCCGUUCAAAUUCAAAGCUUAAGGGACGGCCGAGAAUUCAAGGUGAAUGGGCAUCGUUUAAAGCCAUAUUAUGAGAAUGUGGUGGGGCAGGUUGUGGAGGAAAUACACCUCCAUGUCGUGGGCUCCAAUGAAGCUUAA